CUGAGACUCGUUGUCGGUUUGCGCGUACAUUCAUGCCAUGCAUAUAUAAAUGAAUCGGUUAUACGGAAUUUGACAGUAAAAAUAUUCUUUUGGUGCUUACGAUAUUCGUUCGUAUCACAAAUUAGUUUCAUCAACCAAGUGAUUCGUUAAACACGCGACUUUGUUGCUCUCUACUCUCACUGUGUACGGUUUUGUGUUUGGUAUCCUAAACUCCAUUUUAAUAUUACUUUAAACGCUACGUAAACACAGCAAAUCAACAUGUCGACUCCAACGGAAAUUGGUGGUUACAAAUUGGGCAAGGUCAUCAUUGAAGGAAAAACAAAAGCCGUUUACGACUUGCCAAACAAUGCUGGUCUCUGUUUGCUCUUGAACAAGGAUCGCAUUACAGCUGGAGAUGGUGUUAAGAAACACGAUUUGGCAGGCAAAGCUGCCAUUUCGAACGCAACCAAUGGCAAGGUCUUUUCCAUCUUGAAUGAAGCCGGCGUGAAGACGGCUUAUGUCACACAAGUAUCACCAACCGCUUUUAUCUCACGUAAAUGCGAAAUGAUCCCAAUCGAGUGGGUUACUCGUCGCUUAGCUACCGGAUCAUUCUGUAGACGUUAUCCUUCGGUCAAAGAAGGUUAUCGUUUUUCACCACCAAAACAAGAGACAUUCUUCAAAGACGAUGCAAAUCAUGAUCCUCAAUGGACAGAAGAGGAAAUUAUUUCAGCCGGUUUUGAAUUUAACGGCCGUAAAAUCGGUCGCAGUGAAGUGGACAUCAUGCGUGAAACCACGAUUGUUGUGUUCGAAAUCCUCGAGAAGGCUUGGGCUUAUCGUCAAUGUGCUUUGAUCGACAUGAAAAUCGAGUUUGGUAUCGAUGAACAAGGACAAAUCCUUUUGGCUGAUGUGAUCGAUUCAGACUCAUGGCGUCUCUGGCCAUCAGGCGACAAACGAUUGAUGGUUGACAAACAAGUGUACCGUAACUUGACCACGGUCACACAAGAUGAUUUGGAAACCGUCAAACGUAACUUUGAAUGGGUCAGUGAGCAAUUGGAUCACAUUGUGCCACCAAAUGACAACCUUGUUGUCAUUCUCAUGGGAAGCCCAUCGGACAAGGAACACUGCGAAAAAAUUGCUAAAUACUGCAAAGAGUUGGGCUUGAACGCUGAAUUGCGCGUCACUUCAGCACACAAAAGCACACAAGACACAAUUCAAAUUGUUCGUGAAUACGAAAGUCUGUUCAAUAAUUUGGUAUUCAUCGCUGUCGCCGGCCGAUCAAACGGUUUGGGCCCAGUUUUAUCAGGCAAUACCACCUAUCCAGUCAUCAACUGUCCACCAGUUAAAAGCGACAAUGUCAACAUCGACAUUUGGUCAAGCUUGAAUGUUCCAUCCGGUUUGGGAUGCGGCACUGUCAUCUAUCCAGAAGCUGCUGCUCUCAAUGCUGCACAAAUUUUGGGCAUUGGCAACUACACCAUCUGGUCAAAACUUCGCGUCAAACAACUGACCAAUAUCGUUAGCUUGAAACAAUCUGACGAACUCAUCCGUGGCCUUCGCUCUGUCAGCGUACACAAAUAAACCAACCUCUUCAUUGGACAUCUCCGCUAAAAAUAAAUGCAUACAUGCAUUUCAUCACACGAAUUCAUUCCGAAAAUGAAAAAAAUUGUGUUUCUUAUACAUAA